GCCCGAGAGGGGCGCGAGCGGCGCGAGCGGCGGGAGCGGCGGGCCCCGCGGCAGCAGCGGGCGGCGCGGCGGAUGGACAUGGGCACGCAGGGCUCGGGGCGCAAGCGGCUCCCCAACCGGGAGCGGCUGACGGCAGAGGACGACGCGCUGAACCAGAUCGCGCGCGAGGCGGAGGCGAGGCUCGCUGCGAAGCGGGCAGCCCGCGCCGAGGCUCGAGAGAUCCGAAUGAAGGAGCUGGAGCGACAGCAGAAGGAGAUCUAUCAGGUCCAAAAGAAAUAUUAUGGGCUGGAUACAAAAUGGGGUGACAUCGAGCAGUGGAUGGAAGACAGUGAGCGCUAUUCGCGUAGAUCCAGAAGAAACACAUCGGCUUCUGAUGAAGAUGAGCGCAUGUCAGUGGGUAGUCGUGGAAGUCUGAGGUCGCAGCCUGACUUGGAGUAUGGGGGUCCUUACGCCUGGACAAAUGGUUAUGAUGGCGACUUACAUGGAUCACAGUCCCUGAAUAGAAGAUCUGGCAGGCCCUCCUAUCUGUACAGCGCUGCCCGGCCUGCUGGGAGUUACCGGGUGUCUGUGUUCGAUGAGAGCAGCCUGCUCAGCGGGGCUCGGCGGGGCAGUGCCUGCAGUUUCUAUGCUCCCUCGGAGCACGGCGGCCACCUCAACUCCAGCUCCCGAGCCUCGUCCAGAGCCAGCUCGGCGCGGGCCAGCCCAGUGGUUGAAGAGAGACCAGAAAAAGAUUUCACCGAGAAGGGCUCGCGUAGCCUGCCCGGCCUGUCUGCAGCCGCCCUGGCCUCCCUGGGCGGGACCUCUCGGAGGGGAAGUGGGGACACCUCCAUCUCUGUUGACACGGAGGCGUCCAUUAGGGAAAUCAAGGAACUGAAUGAGUUAAAGGACCAGAUUCAGGACGUAGAAGGCAAAUACAUGCAGGGGUUGAAAGAGAUGAAGGACUCACUAGCAGAAGUUGAAGAGAAGUAUAAGAAGGCUAUGGUUUCCAAUGCUCAGCUGGACAAUGAAAAGACGAACUUCCUGUACCAGGUCGAUACCCUGAAGGACAUGUUGCUGGAGCUUGAAGAGCAGCUGGCUGAGUCCAGGCGGCAGUACGAUGAGAAAAACAAAGAUUUUGAGAGGGAAAAGCACGCCCACAGCAUCCUGCAGUUCCAGUUUGCCGAAGUGAAGGAGGCCUUGAAGCAGCGGGAAGAAUUGCUGGAGGAAAUCCGACAGCUACAGCAGAAGCAGGCGAGUUAUAUCAGGGAGAUUUCUGAUCUUCAGGAAACAAUAGAGUGGAAAGACAAGAAGAUAGGGGCUUUAGAGAGGCAGAAAGAGUUCUUUGAUUCCAUAAGGAGUGACCGAGAUGAUCUUAGAGAAGAAGUAGUCAUGCUGAAAGAGGAAUUAAAGAAACAUGGAAUAGUCCUAAAUUCAGGGCUAGCUACUAAUGGAGAGACUUCAGACACUCUAAAUGACGUCGGACACCAAGGUCCUUCCAAGAUAACGAAAGAAGAGUUAAACGCCCUCAGGACGGCAGGGGAUGGGAUGCUAGAUAUUAGGUUGAAAAAGCUUGUUGAUGAACGGGAAUGCUUAUUGGAACAGAUUAAGAAACUCAAAGGACAGCUGGAAGAGAGACAGAAGAAUGGCAAGCUAGACAACCUGCACCCUGGAAGUGAUGUCUUAGAAAAUGGGACAGACAUGCAUGUAAUGGAUCUGCAAAGGGAUGCCAACAGACAGAUCAGCGACCUCAAAUUUAAACUUGCAAAAUCUGAGCAAGAGAUAACCGCAUUAGAACAAAAUGUAAUAAGGUUAGAGAGUCAAGUAUCACGUUAUAAAUCGGCUGCUGAAAAUGCCGAAAAAAUAGAAGAUGAACUUAAGGCCGAAAAACGGAAACUCCAAAGAGAGCUGCGCUGUGCACUGGACAAGACGGAAGAGCUUGAGGUGAGCAACGGCCACUUAGUGAAGCGUCUGGAGAAAAUGAAAGCAAAUAGGAGCGCGCUCUUGUCCCAGCAGUGAGCCCCAGCUCUGCACAGGAACCCGGUCGGCGGAUGGAGAGCAUGGCGUCGUGGGCUUGCCUCCGUUACUGUCCGGGAGUGCUGCCAGGUCCCCUGCUUCUAAGCGCGCCCGGUGAGCCCUUGGCCCAGCCGUGGCCCCGGCAGCCACCAGAUGCCUCUCUGACUGCGGACCCCCCCCACCCCGACCCGGGGCUGGGGCCGCCACCCCGAACCCGCGGGUAUUUAACGAGCACACCGGGCCCACGGGAGCUGCGUGUCCCACGGCGCGGCAGCCUCGCGACGCCACUGAACAUGGCAAUCUAGGUAAAGAUUAAAACGGGACUUGAGUUUUCUUUUCACGUGUCUUGCUGAAAACUGAGGGGACGUGUUACAGUGUCGGGACUUCCUUUGGGGGCAGAAUCUACAAUUGGAGCGACUUCGGUAGCAUCUCUUAGUCUGCGCUUUUCAUACACAAAACACUGUGGAACCACAAGCCAUUACCAAGCAAAACUCUUUCACUAGAAACAAGGGGAUGGUCUGGAGGUAAAAGUGACCUUAAGAAGACUCUUUACAGGCAACAAGUGAAGCUUUUCUAAGGGAUUUUUGCAUCAGUUCAACCCUAAGAACAGGGUAAUUAGCCAAUAGCCCCCCUGAAAAUGAUAGCUUUUCCAUUCGCACUAUGUAACCCUUCUACUUGGACUUGAAGUUGUGAACUCCUUUUAAAGAAUGUACUAUUAGAACAAUUAAAAAACGAAAUG